AAAAAAAGCGCCUCGCAACGCGUCCUCAGCUGAAGAAAAAUUGCCGCCGCAAGGGGCCGCCGCGAGCGUUCCGCGAGCGCGGAUUGGCCGCAAGCGCUCCACGUGAUCAUAGCGCGCGAAGCACGACGGGAUCGCGCGCGCCCCGUCGUCUGCAACGCUCACGUCGAGCGCCGCUUCAGUGAGCGAUCAGCCGCUGUCGGUGCCGGUGUGGCUUUCAGAAGAGAGCGUCGUACCUGCCGCUGCCGUGCGUGCUCCUCACGGCGUGUCGUCUGCUGCUGCGGCUGACUCUAGCGCACAGCGUUUGCCGUUCAUCGCAGCCUAUAGCCCUCGACGACUGUCGUGAACUGACAACAUUCUCGUGUGUUCCCGAGUAGGGACUGUGUUUGCCACGACGUGUCGACGCGACGACGAAGUCGACGACCAGCACGGUUCGAGCCGUGAGGCCGUCAUCCCGUGUUCGACGCCAGACGCCUAUGGCAUGGGGGUAGAGGUCAGCCCACUGCAUGCCCUCAGAUUUAAGAGUGCAGCAGCUCCCAUUGCACCGCCUUUCCAUGUGAGCGCCAUGUUCUCAGAGGCGCAGCCACGCGGAAUCAAGCGCAAGGCGCACUCGCUCGAUGACUUCUCCGACGGCGGUGGCCUCGACGAAGAGGACGACGACGAAGAGGAGGACUCUAGCUCCUCAAGCUCCUGCUCGUCGGCCAGCUCUACCACUGGUGGCGGCUCGUCGGGUGAGGACGCCCGCUCGUCGUACUCGCGCCGCCAGCACGUGGUGUUCAACAUGAGCAUCUGCAAGCUGGCCCGCUUCCGACAGGCGCCCGACCCCAGCCUCCUCCGCUCGGUACUCGUGUGCAACACGCUGCGGGCGCUCGAGCGGGACAUGAGGCCGCCUAGGGGUCCCGAGCCGGCGACGCUUCCCACGGCGGCUGCCGCCUCGCCCCAUCACCCCCACCACCCCCAUCACCACCAUCAUUCGCCUCACCACCACCACCACCACCACUUGCACGGCGCCACCGCCAACGGUGGGCUCGGCGCCGGUCACCACCACCUACCGCCGCAUCAGCCGUACGGCGCCGCUACGCCCUUCCACAACGGCGGCUACGGCGACGACUACGAUCGGUCGUGCCCUCCUCCUGGAGACAGCGGCCGCUUGACGCCCUUUGUCCGGUCUCCCGCCGAGCCGCCAGUUUCCGGACCCCCUCCCACACCCCUGUGGACUGACGAGGACCGGUUACCGAGCCUCAACUGGAGCUCGGUACUCAACUUCGGCAGCGGCGCUCCCGUCACGCCGCCGGCACCCACGGUGGCCGAACCGGUGUCCUCGGCGUCGGCGUGUGGCAUCGUCGACCCCGGGUGCGGCAACGGCGGCGCCAAUGGUUCCGCGCCUCUCUACACCCUGCUGCCGGCGCACAACUCUCCUGCAGCCGCCAUGGUGGUCACUUCCUCGUCGGCUUCUUCCUCGGUACUGCAGACGAGUCCUUCCUCUUCCUCGUCGUCGCUGGCCAGCAACAGCAACAGCAGUGGUGCGAGCAGCAGCAGCGAUGAGAUCUUCGGCGAUAUCGACCUGUCCCUGUACGACUUCGAUCUGCUCUCGCCACUCUCGCCGCCGCACGUCAAGCUUGCGCCGGUCAGCGCCGAGGACCUGAUGCGGUCGCUGGCCGCGUCGCAGCAACAGGCGGCCGACUGCGUGGUCACAACCACGGCCGUGUCGCCGUCGGCAGCCACCUGUCAGCUGGUGGCCUCUUCGGGCCAGCAGGUCAGUUUCGGCUACAAGGGACUCAUGUGCUCCGCCGAGGACCACGUGGCCACCGUCAUGUCCUGAGGGGGGACGAACCAAUCGGCUGAAUGUGGUCGGUCGUCCGUUUGUGGAGAGGCCUUUUCUCGUCUUCUAUAGCCCCUUGCUCCUAACCCUCUCCGGAGGACAGCGCUUGCUUCGUGUACAUAGGACAGUCGAGAAAGAAGCGCUGGGAGGAAGUGAGUGGACUAUAUCGCGCUGAAUCAUCAUCUAAAGAGUGCCGACAUUCACGUUGCCAAAGAGUCGCGACAGCUCAUUGUGUGCAUUGCGGGGCGGUAUGCUGCUGCUGCUAGGAGUACCUCGCUCGUUGUGGUCAGGUCGUAGGGUCAUCCCGCUCAAGCCGAGAGCGGAUGGAGCUUACUAAGCUGGUGAUAUAACUGCUUUCAAAUGUAAUUUACUAGCGUUGGUUAAAGAUCCAAACGCGUCAUGCGGCCUCACACGGCUGAUCAACCUGACUCGCGUGAUACGAUCGGGCGACGGGUGCCUCUGAGAAUUGGAAGAGGGAGUCGAGCUCUGUUGGAGCAUUUGUGUGCAGGUUAAGUCUUCGUCAAUUCUUGCAACGGGUUUAUUCACGCUGUAUGCUGCCUAGUCUCUAGUAACGCAUCGGCGAUCCGCCAUCAUGAGCUUUGAACUACGAUGGCUCCACUGUUCUUCAGAAGAGCUUGCCAAAGUGGCGUCGCUAUCAGUCGCAAAACAGUUUGACAGUUGCGCACCGUUUCGUUGGUACAAAACUAGCCGAAGUUCAUUCGUGUCACAUGGCUAGGCUUCAACUCUGCACACUUGCGAUUAUCCUACGCGGUGAGCGGCCUAUGUGAGAUGACAAAGGCCCGUCUUUAGGUAGCGAGUGAGAAAUCUGGAGACGUGACAAGUCGCUACAGCGGUGCCGAAUGGUCUCGCAAUUACUACUGUAAAACGUAAACGGAUGGAGCUGAAACGCAAAGGAGGCGAGGAGGAUGCAGUGGCGCCAACUACUGGCCGCGGCGCAGACUCGCCCGCCGCCUCCCUUCGAAUCGGGUCGACUGCCUUUUACUUAUUAUGUUUUCCACAUAACCCCGAAAAACCGGGCUCUCGCAUCACCUCCGUACUCUCCUCGGCGAUGUGGUAGUGGCAGGU